CGCCGGCCGCGGAGGGAUCCGGGUCUGGGGAGGAGAGCGAACGUAGUUGCGUGCUGCGGCCCACGUUCAGUCGCUGAGGUAUCCCGCCGCAAAAAAAUGAAAAGCAAGGAGGGAGCGAGUGGAAGAGCACGCGCCCGGCCGUUUCCACGGCAAUGGGUGGUGUCUGGGCGCGCGCCAGUGACGGAACGCAGUGGGCGUGAGGUUCGAAUCCCGGCGAUGCCAGCUCUUUGACUGAGUGGACCUUGGCGGGUCUUCCUUCUUGCCUGGCCUCAGAUUCCUCCUCGGCGAAAUGAGUACCUCCUGCCGGCUUCCCGGCCGGCGGCUGGACCUGAUAGAUUGACAGAUCUUCCACUUGACACCCGGUGCAAGUCUUUUAACCUUGAGCUUGGGGGUCUUCAUCUGUAAUUACUACAAGCUUCCACAUUUGGGCACUGACUUAACACGUUUUGCUGCUCAGCUCUCUUGAGAACUCUAAUUUGUAGGUCAUUUAUUAUGAGGAACAGAAGUUCAGAGAGGUCAACAUCACACAUUUCAAAAACGAUAGAACUGGGGCUUUAAAAAUUAACUUCCUCCAACUUGGGCUAAAAUCCAAACUCCUGCGUGCUCGCCUGACUUGUACCUCUGUCUUCUUAGAAUAGGGUUUGGCUCAUGUAAGUGUUCAGUAUAUACUUAGUGAAUGAAAGAACGAACGCGCUAACUGAUCACGCCUGCCCAUCGGUCUGGCCUUUUUUUUUUUUUUUUUUUUUUUUUUCCGCUGAGCCCAAGUGACGUUUUGGAGAUGCAAACAUCGUGUCACUGGGACUUACCCUGCACAGCUGCCUCUCUCCAGUUGUAUGUUCUGAGCCUACCAGUUCAUCUUCUGAAACAUCUGUAGUGUGUGUCCCCAUGCUGAAGGAAGUAGCGUGUCACUACCUCUAACCCCCAGGGGCGGGUUAACCCCCUUUCCUGACUUUAGUUUCAAAUAACAGCUUUGCAAGGAGUCCCUCUGCACGCCAGGCAGGGGUAAAGAGCGGUGCCAGUCAUAGUCCUGCCUUCACCUGCUGCGGUGCUAGACGUGGGAGAAUGUGUCCUGGAGUGACAGAGUGGGCCCAGAGCCAAGUAUUGGUUCAGGAGACCCGAACUAUAUCAGGCGUGCUUUUUUAAAUUUAAUUUUUUUAAUCUUUUGAGGCGGAGUCUCGCACUAUCACUCAGGCUGGGGUGCGAUGGCACAAUCUCCGGUCACCGCAACCCAUGCUUUCCGAACUCAAGUGAACCUCCCACCUCAGCCUCCCAAGUACCUGUGACCACAGGUGCGCUGAUGAGCUGUGGUGCCCAGCUAAUUCAGAAAACACGGCCAUCUUUAUGUGUAAAUGUUGUAACCUUUUCUCACCAAAUCAGUCGGAACUCCUCUCCCACGUUUCCGAGAAGCACAUGGAAGAAGGGGUUAAUGUUGAUGAGAUUAUUAUUCCCCUGAGGCCUCUGAGUACACCUGAACCCCCCAACUCAAGCAAAACCGGAGAUGAGUUUUUGGUCAUGAAGAGGAAGAGAGGCAGGCCUAAGGGGUCCACGAAGAAGCCCAGCACAGAAGAGGAGCUGGCAGAAAACAUCGUGAGUCCAACUGAGGACAGCCCACUGGCUCCGGAGGAUGGGAACAGCCUGCCUCCAAGCAGCUUGGAGUGUAGCAAGUGCUGUCGGAAGUUCUCCAACACGCGCCAGCUGCGGAAGCACAUCUGCAUUAUCGUGCUGAAUUUGGGUGAGGAGGAAGGAGAAGCAGGUAACGAGUCUGACCUUGAACUAGAAAAGAAGUGUAAGGAAGAUGAUCGGGAAAAAGCCUCGAAAAGACCACGGUCACAGAAAACAGAGAAAGUCCAGAAGAUCUCAGGAAAGGAUGCCGGACAGCUUUCUGGGGCGAAGAAACCCAUCAUAAGUGUGGUUUUAACUGCACACGAAGCAAUUCCAGGUGCUACCAAGAUUGUGCCAGUGGAGGCUGGGCCCCCUGAAACAGGAGCUACAAAUUCUGAGACCGCUUCAGCAGACCUGGUGCCUCGGAGAGGCUACCAGGAAUACGCCAUUCAGCAGACACCUUAUGAGCAACCAAUGAAGUCAAGCAGGCUAGGUCCCACUCAGCUCAAAAUCUUCACUUGUGAAUACUGCAACAAGGUCUUCAAGUUCAAGCACUCGCUGCAGGCCCACCUGAGGAUCCACACCAAUGAAAAGCCAUACAAGUGCCCCCAGUGCAGCUACGCCAGUGCCAUCAAGGCCAACCUCAACGUGCACCUGCGCAAGCACACCGGCGAGAAGUUCGCCUGCGACUAUUGCUCGUUCACCUGCCUGAGCAAGGGCCACCUCAAGGUGCACAUUGAGCGGGUGCACAAGAAAAUCAAGCAGCACUGCCGCUUCUGCAAGAAGAAGUACUCUGACGUCAAGAACCUCAUCAAGCACAUCCGAGAUGCACAUGACCCGCAGGACAAGAAGGUCAAGGAGGCCUUGGACGAGCUCUGCCUGAUGACGAGGGAGGGCAAGCGGCAGCUGCUCUAUGACUGCCACAUCUGUGAGCGCAAGUUUAAGAAUGAGCUGGACCGCGACCGCCACAUGCUGGUCCACGGAGACAAGUGGCCUUUUGCCUGUGAGCUCUGUGGCCAUGGGGCCACCAAGUACCAGGCGCUGGAACUGCAUGUCAGGAAGCACCCCUUUGUGUAUGUCUGUGCCGUCUGCCGCAAGAAGUUCGUCAGCUCCAUCAGGCUGCGCUCCCACAUCAAAGAGGUGCACGGGGCUGCCCAAGAGGCCUUGGUCUUCACCAGUUCCAUCAACCAGAGCUUCUGCCUCCUGGAGCCUGGUGGGGACAUCCAGCAAGAAGCUCUGGGGGACCAGCUGCAGCUGGUGGAAGAGGAGUUUGCCCUCCAGGGCAUGAAUGCACUCAAGGAAGAGGCCUGUUCUGGGGACACUCAGCUGGAGGAGGACCGGAAGGAGCCGGAGGCCCCUGGGGAAGUGCCUGCCCCAACCGUUCACCUCGCCUGCCCGCAGGCUGAAAGCACAGCCCUGCCACCCUGUGAGCUGGAAACUACCGUGGUCUCCUCCUCAGACCUGCAUUCUCAAGAGGUGGUUUCAGAUGAUUUUUUGUUGAAAAAUGAUAGCUCCUCCACGGAGGCUCAUGCUGCUCCUGAGAAGCCCCCAGACACGCAGCACACAAGCUCAGUCCAGACGCAAGGUGAAGUGAUCACACUACUGCUGUCCAAGGCCCAGAGCACUGGGUCAGACCAGGAGAGCCAGGGCGCCCAGAGCUCCCCAGGGGAAGGGCAGAACAUGGCUGCACUUUCAGCUGGUGACUCAGACCCCAGCAGUUGUCUCAAGUCAAACCCAGCUGAGGCCUCAGACCUCCUCCCUCCAGUAGCUGGUGGUAGGGACACCAUCACACAUCAGCCUGACUCUUGCAAAGCUGCCCCUGAGCACCGGUCAGGCAUCACUGCAUUCAUGAAGGUCCUGAACAGUUUACAGAAGAAGCAAAUGAGCACCAGCUUGUGCGAGCGGAUCCGGAAGGUUUAUGGAGACCUGGAGUGUGAAUACUGUGGCAAACUUUUUUGGUACCAAGUGCAUUUUGAUAUGCAUGUCCGCACCCACACCCGGGAACAUCUGUAUUAUUGCUCCCAGUGUCAUUAUUCUUCCAUCACCAAAAACUGCCUUAAACGCCACGUAAUUCAGAAACACAGUAACAUCUUGCUGAAGUGUCCCACUGACGGCUGUGACUACUCGACUCCAGAUAAAUAUAAGCUACAGGCACAUCUUAAAGUUCACACAGCGCUGGACAAAAGGAGUUAUUCUUGUCCUGUUUGUGAAAAGUCUUUUUCAGAAGAUCGAUUGAUAAAGUCACAUAUCAAGACCAACCAUCCUGAGGUCUCCAUGAGCACCAUUUCUGAGGUUCUUGGGAGGAGGGUUCAGCUGAAAGGGCUAAUUGGAAAGAGAGCCAUGAAAUGCCCAUAUUGUGACUUUUAUUUCAUGAAGAAUGGCUCAGACCUUCAGCGUCAUAUUUGGGCUCAUGAAGGUGUGAAGCCCUUCAAGUGUUCUUUGUGUGAGUAUGCAACUCGUAGCAAGAGUAACCUCAAGGCUCAUAUGAAUCGUCACAGCACUGAGAAAACCCACCUAUGUGACAUGUGUGGCAAGAAAUUCAAAUCAAAAGGGACACUGAAAAGUCACAAGCUCCUUCACACUGCAGAUGGGAAGCAGUUUAAGUGCACGGUGUGUGACUACACAGCGGCCCAGAAGCCACAGCUGCUGCGGCACAUGGAGCAGCAUGUCUCCUUCAAGCCUUUCCGCUGUGCCCACUGCCAUUACUCCUGCAACAUAUCUGGCUCUCUGAAGCGGCACUACAACAGGAAGCACCCCAAUGAGGAGUAUGCCAACGUGGGCACCGGGGAGCUGGCGGCGGAGGUGCUCAUCCAGCAAGGUGGUUUGAAGUGUCCCGUUUGCAGCUUUGUGUAUGGCACCAAAUGGGAGUUCAAUAGGCACUUGAAGAACAAACAUGGCUUGAAGGUGGUGGAAAUUGAUGGAGACCCCAAGUGGGAGACAGCAACAGAAGCUCCUGAGGAGCCCUCCACCCAGUAUCUCCACAUCACAGAGGCCGAAGAAGAUGCUCAAGGGACACAGGCAGCAGUGGCCGCGCUCCAGGACCUGAGAUACACCUCUGAGAGUGGCGACCGACUGGACCCCACAGCCGUGAACAUCCUGCAGCAGAUCAUUGAGCUGGGCGCUGAGACCCACGACGCCACUGCCCUUGCCUCGGUGGUUGCCAUGGCACCAGGGACGGUGACUGUGGUUAAACAGGUCACCGAGGAGGAGCCCAGCUCCAACCACAGGGUCAUGAUCCAGGAGACAGUCCAGCAAGCAUCUGUGGAGCUUGCCGAGCAGCACCACCUGGUGGUGUCCUCCGACGACGUGGAGGGCAUUGAGACCGUGACUGUCUACACGCAGGGCGGGGAGGCCUCGGAGUUCAUCGUCUACGUGCAGGAGGCCAUGCAGCCUGUGGAGGAGCAGGCUGUGGAGCAGCCGGCCCAGGAACUCUAGAGGACAUGUGGCAUCGGAUGGCCACAGGGUGGGGCUGCCAGGCUCUGCAGGCACCCAGGGUGGGGAGGCCGCCCUUCCUGCCCGACCCACAGAAUGGUGCUCUCCUUUGCCCUCCCUGCCCGGCAGCCUGAUGGGACUCUCCUAGUCCAACUUGGGGUGGGCAAGGCAGUCAGCAUCACCAGCAACACCACAGAACCCUGUCCCCAGCAUAGACACACACCCCCUGACCCUUACCAUCUGCUUCCUGAAAGACUUCAGCGUCAGCUCCCCUACACAUGCCCCCACGCCUUCACCCCUUGCUUCAGGAUUCAAACAGAGGCUCCCAGUGCCCCUCAGCGUCUUCCCUGAAUCACAGCCCCAGCUCCUUGACCCCCAUCUAGGUGCCAGAUGUUCAUCUGCAGCCGCUCUGCAGCCUGGUGAGAGGGAGACAGCCAUCGCGUAGAAAGUGACCUUACGGGUUUUUAAUCACUGCUGAGUGGGGUGGGCGUAGUGGGAUUGUCCUGGCUUUGUCGACAAAGUCCCACUUCCCUGAGUAUCGAGUGCCCGUGUUAUCAAGUGAGGUAAAUUCACCCCGUCACAGGGUCUCGCCCUACCAUCCUGGAAUUAUUUCGCUUUUAAGAUAAAUGCACUAUUUCACUGUUCGCCUCUCAUUCUAAGGAGGUGAGGUGGAUGGAAUAAAAACAGUUCCUGUCU